AGGACAACCAGCUGGAUCUGUUCUCAUAGAAGCUACAGCACCGAGGCUGGGAAACAUGUUUCCAAAACACCGUGAUUCACAACUUUGUCUUCUGCUGGGCCUCUUGAGUAUGGUAGGCUCAUUCCAUGCUGUACUCGGCCAGUUUACCCCAGCUCAGUGGUUUGAAGUCCAGCAUAUAAAUAUGACUCACCGCAGAUGCGACGAUGCAAUGAAAGCAAUUAACAAAUAUUCACUAUUUUGCAAAAACAAAAAUACUUUCCUCCAUACAACUUUUGCUGAUGUGGCUAAUAAUGUUUGUCGCACUCAGUAUGUAAAUUGCAGUUCAAGUACUAGUACGUAUUGUCACAGAAGCCCAGGACCAGUGCCUAUGACCUUCUGCAACCUCGUGAAAUCAUCAGGGUCGUAUAAACAGUGUAAAUAUCAACAGAAAGGGGAAACGAAGGAAUACAUUGUUCUAUGUGAAUACAGAGCUCCACAGGACAAUAACACGUAUGCGGUGGUUCCUAUUCACUUGGAUAAGGUCCUCUAAGCUCCGGAGCCAGCAUAUGCCAUGCUCAUGUGCCAAGCCUGUCCCAGCUGUUGUCCUGUCCCACCAUCCUUCUAGAUGCCAGCAUCGGUCCUCCUCACG